AUGUGUCGUAGAGCGCGGCCACCUGCUGCAAUGGGGUGGAGACUCCUUUUUUCUGCAAAUCUGUGGCUAGCAGCCGCGCAGGAGUUUCCAACAAGUGGGACAUGGACAUACGAUUACGCGCAGCAACAAUACUGGAAGAACAUCGUGGGCACGCAGUGCGGGGCAAACUACCAGUCGCCCAUUGACAUUCCCAAGGCACUUAGCUAUGUCGACCACGCGAACCUCACGAAGCUGGCUACAGGAAUCGGUGAACGUCUUGGACCCUUCGCUUGGAGUCUGGCCGCACAGACGGUGAAUGUCACGCUACAUCCAGGGCCUGUGACAUGGGAAGUGAGACUGGUGAACCCAGAAGCUAUAGUGGUUCAGAUUGGAGGUUUGGACUACAAGCUUGAGUCCAUGAGCUUCAAGUCACCGUCGGAACAUACAGUGGAGGGUGCCCACAAUGGCAUGGAGAUCCAGAUGCGGCAUGUGGCAAACAGCCCUUUCGGAGGUGGAGAGAAGGUGCUGAUGGUUUCCAUUAGCCUCCGGUUAGCUAAGAACGUUAAUGUUGGCAAUGCUUUUCUGACCCCGAUCUUCGCAUCUAUGCCUUUGGAUGGUCAAGGGGCUCCGUCCGUGUUCAUCGCCAACCCUUACUUAGACCUUGCUCCUCCGGACAAGUCCUACGUGCGGUACUCCGGAUCUACGACAGCUCCGCCUUGUGAGCAUGCUGAUUGGAUUGUGUUCAUGGAGCCGGGGUACCUCGGUUUCCAGCAGCUCGAGCAAUUCCGGCAUCAGUGGAUACCAACCCUCCAGACUGGCACCCGCGAACAGCACCCCACCACUCGGUGUCUCCGAAGCUUGGGACAAGUUGAGGUGCAAGACACCUUACACACCUUCUAUCCUUUCGGUGCAGUGCAGGUUCGAGUCGGAGAUUUGCUGUCUGAUGGAGGCGGAGAUUCCGAAGUUGAGGCAUGCGAUUGGAGAACGUCCAUGAGCGUCCUUACCCAGGAUUCAGGCCACUUGAUUCUUGCUGGAGGCUUUUUCCAUACUUCCCUAUUGGUGUGUGCCACAGCACGUGGGCAAGUCUUCAUGGUGCCAUCAGCAACGGCGCUUGAUCCAGGCGCAGAGUGUGAGAGUGGUGACGUGUACUACCAAGAUGACGCACACCUGGAUCUGAGUUGGACUGUGCCAACGUGUGCCCUACGUUGGCAGAGGUGCCCGAGGGCAGCGAGCUGGCACCUGGCUCGAUUCCUUCAGAAACUUGGUGACUGGGCAUGGAAUUUCGGGAAGGUCCAGCACUGCCAGUAUGUUGCGCAUGCUGCCGGAGAUUUGGACUUGGAGGAGCAGAACCGACGGCUGAGCCUUUUAAGAAAGGCGUAUGUCUCUGCCUUUGCCGCUGCCGCAAGCUCGAGCAGUCCCGUGCGACGGAUCUGUUCGCCAUUGCUGGGUGCUGGUGCAAAGCAGUUCCCGAUCGACCUGGCGGCGCGUUGUGCCAGUGAGGCAGUCCUCCUGGAAUUGCGCAAUCCGACGUUAAUGGACUUGGAGGUGAUUGCCUUCAUCGACCUUCGGAAAGACUGUGCUGACCAGUUGAUCCAUGAGGACUUCAAAGAGCUUGAGGAAGCUUUGGAAGAAGGUCUCUGGGAGGUGGAAGGCGACAACCUAUACUUUGCAGUGGAGGCCAAAGAUGCUUCCUCUGCAGGAGCAGUAGUAGCCAGUGACGGUGGCGUGGGUUCAAUCGCAGAGCUUGUGCACCAGCUCAAUGGUGGACACGGCUGUCAGGUGACUCGCCUGACCAUGGCUGUGAUUUGUGAAACCAUUGAUCUGGAAUCAAAUGGUACCUUCACUAUUGGCCUGGCUUUUGACGAAGACUUUGAGGAGACGGCUCUCCUGGCAGUCACAAUCAGGAGGCCACGACCUGAACCAAGACUGCCGAGAGAGCCAGGAGACCCACCAGAAGAGCCGGAGAUGCCAAAGCCCAUUGCACUCCACGUGAAUGGUCAGGUCGCCGCUGAAGAUGUUGGCGAUCUGCCCGUGAAGAUCGAAUUCGACGUCCAGCUUUUUUGGGACGAGGCAGCGCUGCUCGCGCUCCGUGCGUUGCGCUGGCAUGUCUGGAGCGAUAGCUGCGCUGCCCAGACACGAACAGUGCUCAGGGAGGCAGCUUCCGAAGAGCCGCCGCUUGGCGAGGUGGAGGCGAUGUUUGCCGUUUUCCUGCGUGCUACCGGUACCGUGCGGGUGCGCCUGUUGUCCUUGGAGUGCCAAAGUCUGUGCGUGGAUCAGCAAUGCCCCGUCUGCUGGAAUCUUCUUUGCGAGCCAGUAGCAUGGCCAGGUUGCCCGCACCACUUCUGCCUGAUAUGUGCGCUACGGACUCGUCGCAAGCCAAAGCCGAUGUGCCCGCUGUGUCGUGCUCCGGCAAGCCAAGUCAGGCAAGCAGGAGAACUGCAGGUCAAUGCCGCCCACGCAGUUCUGAUACGCAAGGCUGUUGGCUAUUCCGCCUACGAGUCCCAGCGUCGCGAGACAUGGGCACAGGCAGCAGAUCUAGACGCUGCUGGAGGUUUGGGUGGUCCUUUACCCCUCGUAACUGGGGGAAGUGAGGCUUGGCAGCGGUUGAGAUUAGGCUCUCAGCAGGAGGUCAUACUUGGGCCAACAUACGGAGAGUUGUUGCGACGUUCCAAAGACAGAAAGCAGAGCUGCUCCGCCUUUGCGGUGCUGCUUCAGCCCGCGCGCUUCGAAGUGGGCGCCAAAGGACGUGUUUGCCGCAUCCUACACGAGAAUGAAAGCACUACGGAAGGGCAUCGGCAUGUUUUGGUGGAGGCGGGAGCUGCAUGUCGGAUCAUCGAGCUCAGCGAGGACUUGGAGGCGCAGAGCGGCGCAGCGCCUUUGGUGAUAGGGAAGCUUGAGGAGCUGGAUGAGGAGGAGCUGGUUCUCGAGGAGGGUCCGCUGGCGGCAGCCUCCGACAUUGUCAAUAUCCUCGGUGUGCUUGGACGCAACCUUCAGGCUGUACGGCAGCGGUGGAUGAUGACAGCGAUGUUGCAGUUACUGGACGAGGACCGGCGGAACCUGGAGAAUUUGCAAGCAGAUCGGCAAGGGCUCGAGUCCAUGCUCGACGUGAUGAUGUCAUACCGGCAAAUCAUUCGGCAGAUGGACACGUUGCUGUCGCAAGCAUCAGAAACGGCUGAGCUGCUCUUGCCGAGAACAGAUGGCGAACGCGAGGAGGCGGACCCUUCGCUUCCGACACCCGAAUCCAUGAGUUCUCCGCAUGGAAUCCAAGCGCCAACGAGGCGGCUUCCACCUGUGAGCGACGAGGUCUCUGCCGCACCGGCAGACACAAUUGCUGCGCAGCCAGGGGAGCCUCGAGGUUCCGGGGGACGCUCAGAGCCCAGGGAUCUCCCGCCUGUUUCUCAAGCCGAAGCCUUGCGCAGACGAGGCAACAUUCUUCCCGCAGUCGGUGCCAGUGUUUCUGGCGCAGGCGCGCUGCUGUCCAGAACGCCUCCAGCAUUCCGGCGAAACAGGAACCUGCCCGUCACUUUGCAGCGAGCCGGCAUUUACCCUCGCAAUGUUCAGGGAAAUCAGGGCACUCGUGGACGCUGA